AUGACGGCCUCGGAUCAGCCAGAGCCAGAGGAGAGUCCAGCAGCAAGCAGCUCGAUCGGCCUACUUGAUCUACCACUUGAGGUUCGCCAUCAGGUAUACAAGCAUCUGUUUUGUCAUCGAGCAUUGCCAAUUCCUCUAGGGCCAGGAAGCCUCGCGCCCCUGCAGCUACAGGACAAAGAAGACCUCGCCGAGCCGAUCUUCCAGACGUCCAUCUUUAGAGUAAACAAGGCCCUUGGAACCGACGCCCUUCGUUUCGCAUAUAGUGCAAAUAGCUUCCAACUGCCCGCUGACCUGAGCGUCUUCUGCCGUUUGGGUGCCGUCGCCUUGGCAUCGAUCUGGGUUCUUACAGUCCAUAACAAUUGCUGCCUCGACGGCGAGGAGUCGACGAGGGUUUGGGAUAUCAUUAAUCACAAAUGCUCCGGCCUGGAGCUGCUCAUUGUCCAGCCGUCGACGCACCUCCUGUGGCAAGCCAUUCCACACCUGAAGGAGUAUGUUGCCUCGUUCGGCACGGACACGUCGUCCCGACCGAGGCUCGUCUUCGACCUAUAUGUCUUCGACCGUCACUUCUCAUUCGACACGCCGGAGCGGGAGUAUCGUCGAGCGUUGCAGGAGCUGAAGGGCACCGUCGUUACUGAUUAUCGAUGGGGGGGUCCCGUCAACGUCAGGGAAAUCGUGUCUUUCUUACCCAAGCAUGUGAAACAAAUCAACUUCGUGCUCGACGUCAACACGGGAGGUGUUUGCGCCCUGGAUGAGGUUCUGCAAGACUCUGCGGAUCUUCCCUUGGUCAAGGUACCGCUACCUGCAUCGGGUAAAGACUGUCGGUACGGAUUUCGAGAUCAGCUUUGUUAUAUCUGGAUGGACGAGAAGAGAAGUCAGUAG